UAGCCAAAUACAAAAUGGUUGCCAGUUCGUGCGCGAAGGAAAAAAUUUGUUAGCUCUUUGUUUGUGAAAGAAAAAUUAGCAAAAAAUCAUUAAAAAAAUUUAUAAAAAUUAACUUAAAACAUUAACUAAGACAAGUGCCAAGUGUAUAAAUAGUUAUUUAAUGAAAAACAUGUAAAAAACCAACAAGAAAUUGAUAAUUUUUAAAAAGUUACAAACGAAAUAUGAAAUUCAUCAAGCUGAAAGAAAAAAUAGUCAUUAAAAAAGAAUGAGUGAGUGAGUGUGUGUAUGAGGCAAAAAAGAAAAGGAAUGAAAAAAUAUUGUAUAUGCAAAAAAAAAAAAUGAAGUGAAGGAAAAAAAUUUGUGAUAAAAUUAUAUAUUUUCUUUGCUUAAGUUGUACAAAAAAGGAAGAAAAAUAAUAAUAAUAUAUAAGAAAAAAUAAAAGAGAAAAAAUGUUGAAAGAAAGAAUUUGUUGUAACACACAGUGCAAAAAUAGUUAAAAUAAAUUAAAUCUAAAAGAUUUUUUUAUUAGUUUUUAAGAGGUUAACUUAAAGCAACUUAGUUUUACUUAACAAAAAAAUAACAAUAAUAUUUUCAAUAAUGGAUAAAUAAAAAGGAAUUUAACACCAAAUUAUCAACUUACAACACAACAACAAAUACCACCUUUUUUUUAAUAUAAAGGUCGUGGUAAACGACAUCAAGCAAUAAACAACUGUUAAAGUACUAUUGAUGUCAUCCAUUUCACUUUUUAAGUGAACAAUUACAACACACUUUAUAUACUUAAAUUAACAAGAAGUUUACAUCAAUAACGGAAUUGAGUUAAUACCAAUUAUAUACAAUCUUCUCCCCGAUUAACUACUAAUGAUGACACAUGAAUAACAAACUAAAACGUUAAAAUUUUUAGUUUAUAUUCUGCUUAAUAUAACAAAAAGGAAAUAACACACAUACACACACAUAUUCUAAUAAUAAUCUACAUUACAAGAGUUGGUUGUCUAUAUUGAAUAAACAUCAAUAUCACAACAACGUAUUAUAUUUUCUUCUACUAUUUUGUAUGACAAUAUUUCCAUUGUAUCUGCAAUUUGAUUAUAAUUUCAUUACAACGGGGGCAAUAAAAAGGCUUAACACUGGACCGUAAAAGUGUUGUGGAAGGGUAAUGGCGGCCUCCACUCAAGGAGAAAUUCGAGUGGGUCCCGGCCACCAGGUAAACGAUGUCUAUGCAAAACUGCCCGAUUAUAAUCCAAUUUCAAGCUUCCCUGUUGACAAGGAAAACGACGAACGUGAAUUAGAAAUACCAAGAUGGAGUCCCGGUGCUAUGGCAGAUGGAGAUCUUUUAAUGUUCUUGCGUGCAGCUCGUUCAAUGGCUGCAUUUCAAGGAAUGUGUGAUGGCGGUCUAGAAGAAGGUAUUGUGGCAGCAACACGUGAUGACACAACUAUUAAUGCACAUGACGUUUUACAUGAUAACGGUUACGACCCAGGUAAAGCACUUCAAGCACUUGUAAAAGCACCUCUUACCAAAAGCAUUGAAAAGAAGUGGUGUGAGGACGAAAUAAAAAAAUUCAUUAAAGGCCUUAGACAAUUUGGCAAAAACUUUUUUAGAAUCCAAAAGGAUUUAUUACCCCAUAAAGAGACACCCGAACUAGUUGAAUUCUACUAUUUGUGGAAGAAGACACCGAGCGCGAAUAGCAAUCGCCCGCAUCGUAGACGCCGCCAAAGUGCAUUGCGUCGCAAUCGUGUUACACGGGCAAGUAAUACACCUCCCAAAAAGGAGGAUACACCAGAACCACAAUCUGCUGCAUCAGCCGCAACAACGACGGCGACGACGACGGCGUCGACGGCGAGUGCAGACAAAGGUCGCGCUUCGCCAGUUGUCAAUAAGGAGGAGACCAGUUCUCUGACUGAAGACGACGUAAGCGAGUGCGACAGCGAUUCAAGUUUAACCCAUAAAAGGGAUGAAUCACCGUCUAGAAUGAGGACGAGAAAUAAACAACAGAAUACAACCGGCACAACGGCGAAGUGCGAUCAGACACAGGUGACGCAGCCACAGCCUACGGCUAAUGGCAAGCGUCCUAAGCGUGGUGCUGAAACACCGGAUAAUGUUGCUGGCGCCGCAGCAGGAGCGGCAACAGGAACGGCUGCGGGAGAAAGUCCUAAAACGCCUACUAAACCCGUGGCCGAGAGUGCGGCGAAUAAACGUAAGACUGGUCGUCAAGAGACACCCAGUAAAAAGAAACGUAGCGAUACAGAAGGCUCAGUGGGUUCUGCGGUGAGUGCCACUGACACACCCGAUGAGAGUGAUAACAAUGGCGGUCCUGCACCUAUUUCUGCCGGUCCUAAAGAUAAACGCAAACGCGCAGAAAGUCCGGUGGAAAGCACAAAUUCCGAUAGUCGUUCAGACUCUGCCAUGGAUGAUGGCGAGUCUAACAACACCGAUUCGGGCGAACAGCAAUCUAACAAAGACAGUAAAGAGAGUUCGUCUAGCAAAGAAGAGAAUAGUAGUAGUGGCAAUAGUGAAAUUGAAUCAUCCACCAAAAGUGAUAAGAAUCUUAUACCGAAAACUGAAUCAAAAGUUUCCGAUAUCGAUAUUAAAGAUAAAAUCAAAAAUGUCGACGAAGAAACCAAUAUACAGGCACCAACUAUGGUUACUGAUACAAGUCUUAAAGACAAGGAACCCAAAGAAGAUCCCUUAGCUAUACCUACCACAAAACCAUUGCCACAAGCCGUUGUAGUUAGCGCACCCCUUCCGCCAUUAAAGGUGCCUACGGUGGAGGCGCUAAACGCGUCUGUUGAACGCAAAGAGUUGGCUAAAGCGGAAAUGAUGGAUACUGGUGAUAUGCCAAAAGAUAUGCUGAAGAAACUGGCCAAUAUGAAACAGGAAAUAUCCACACCUCCUCAGAUGCCACCUCAGCCACCAUUAGCACCCCCGCAGCCGCAAAGCAUUAUACCAGAGGUUGUUUACUUUAAGAAAGAACCUAAGGAUCUAGAUUCGGCCUGUAAUCAAAAUAGUAAUGAACCUCAAGAUCUCAAAGUUAAAAUUGAGGUUAAGAGCGAAGACAUCAAGCCGCCAAUUAUGGGCUUGCCACCGGCGAUACCGCCACCAAGCAGCCAGGCUCCCAUGUCUUUGACUACAAAGCGAGAUGGUACUGAACCACCAUCACCGCUGUCACUAAAUCAACAUCAACAACCUCCACCACAUAUGCAACAUCCUCAUGCACCUGGACCUCCACCAGGUUACAUAGUCGAGGGUGGUCAACUCAAAUUUGCACCACCUUCACAACAACAGCAGCCUCCACAAGGCCCACCCACAUCUAUGCCUAACGACAGUUCUAUGCCGCCAUGCAGUGGUCCCCAAACAGGUCCUCCACCACCACAACAACCAAAAUAUGCUAAUGAAAUGGAUCAUAAGUUCCCAGAUGGCAUUAAAUACGAACCGGGCAAAUUUGUACCACAAGAUCUUAAAUAUACACCUGGGCAAUUAGAUACUCUUAAAUAUAGCCAGGAAAUGCAAGCAGCUGCAGCAGCAGCAGCGGCGGCCGCUGGCAAGUUUGAUAUGAAGUUUAUGAUAGAACAACAAGGAGGAAAGUUUCCCGGCGAUUUGUCGGCUCAUGCACAACCGCCUACGGGCAAACCGCCUUACGGUAGUGCAGGCGAUAUAGCAAUGAAACACCCCGAUCUUAAGGGCGGUUACCCACCUACCAGCCUUGGACCUCCACCAGUGAGCAGUGCUUCUGCAUCAAGUGAUAAUGCACCUCCCCCACACAAAUAUAUGGGCGGUCAUUUAGAACAACAGCCACCACCCUCACAUGGACAGCCACCAGGAGCCACUCCACCGCCUGGCAUUGCUAUGCCAAAGCCACACUAUGAACAUCAGGUACAGCAUCCUUUGGCCAGACCACCAUUUGAGUCGGCAGCCGGUCUAAUGAUGAAAUAUGGCGAUCCAAUGGUGGGUAAAUAUGGGCCUCAAGAUAUGAAGUAUCCACCACCACAGGGACCACCUACCGAUAUGAGCACGGGCGGUAUGAAACCUUCGCCGUAUGGUGAAAAUCUCAUUAAACCUUCUCCUUAUGGUAGUGGCCCACCUGAAACGGGAUUAAAACAAUCACCCCAUAUGACUCCUCCACCAGUAUCGAGUGCUUCCGCUUUGAUGGCCAGUCCUUUGAGCAAGAUGUAUGGUCCUCAAUCAGGCCAACGAGGUUUAGGAGCAUCACCGCCACCUCACUUAAGACCUGGCGCCUCACCACCGGUCAUACGUCAUCCGCAAAUGCCACUGCCAUUGCCUCUGAUACCUGCUGGAGCUGGAAUGCCACCAAUGGGAGUACAUCCCGGUCAAUCACCUUAUCCUCACCCGCUUUUACAUCCAUCAAUGUUUUACUCUCCUCAUCACCAUAAUCCAUUCAAUUCGCCAUACGGUUAUGGUCCUUAUGGACCAGGUUUCCCAGCAUAUAUGAAGCCUCCCGGAGGUCCGGGUGGUCCUUUAGAUCCGGCAGCAGUAAUGGCGGCAGCUCAUCAUCAAGGUUUGCCUGGACCACCACCAACCAGACCAGAUGAUCCUGCUUUAUUAGCUGCACAGGAAAAACAGAAACAGCAACAACAGCAUCAACAACAACAACAGCAGCAGCACCAACAACAAAUGCAACAACAGCAUCAACAACAGCAGCAGCAACAACAUCAACAACAAAUGCAGCAACAGCAUCAACAACAGCAGCAGCAACAGCAUCAACAACAACAGCAACAACAACAACAGCAGCAACAACAGCAGCAGCAGCAACAAAUGCAACAACAGCAUCAACAAAAUAAACCGCCAACACCAAAGACACCACAGGGCAAUAAUAGCAAUAUUAAUAGUGGUGGACCGAAUGGACCACCGGGCAGUCAGCAAUCUACGCCUACCGGUCUACCACCAGCUGGUUAUCCGGGUUCGCAUAUACCAGGUUAUCCGCCACCACCGCAUUCAUCACCCUUUCAAGAAAUCGGUAAACCACACAUACUCCAGCCAACUUCACAUAUGGAUGCAUUACGAGCUCAUGCUCAUUCGGCCAGUUCUGGUCUAGGAGGACCACCACCUCCACAUCAUCAUCCCACAGAACCAUUGCCCAUUGAAAUUGAGCCUGAUCCGGAGCCGGAAAUACCUAGUCCAACGCACAAUAUACCACGUGGUCCUAGUCCCGAAGCCAAACCCGAUGAUACCGAAUGUCAUCGUUCUCAAUCGGCUAUUUUUGUACGCCAUAUCGAUCGCGGUGAUUAUAACUCCUGCACCAGAACUGAUUUAAUAUUUAAACCAGUGGCCGACUCUAAAUUGGCACGUAAACGUGAGGAACGUGAUCGUAAAUUAGCUGAAAAGGAAAGAGAACGUAGACAGCAACAACAAAUGCAACAGCAGCAGCAACAACAGCAAGCUGCUGCUGCUCAACAGGCAGCACAACAAGCAAAACUUAAAGCGGAACUUAAACCACCAUAUACGGAUACACCAGCCUUGCGACAACUUUCUGAAUAUGCUAGACCACAUGUUGGUUUUAGCCCUGUUGAACAGAUGGUACCCUAUCAUCAUCCAAUGGGGCCCAUGUAUAGUAGAGAAAGAGAAUUGGAGGAAAUCAAAAACGCACAAGCGGCAGCAGCUGGUCAAUCACGUUUAGAUCCUCAUUGGAUGGAAUACUAUAGACGUGGUUUACAUCCCUCACAAUUUCCCAUGUAUGCUAAUCCAGCGGCCAUAUCACAAAUGGAAAGAGAACGUUUGGGUAUACCUCCUCCACACCAUGUGGGCUUAGAUCCCAAUGAACAUAUGAUACGAUUGACGAGAGAAUAUCAUGCACAUGCGCAUUCUCAUACUCAUUUACAUUUGCCUUUGCCCCCACAGCAGCAACCACCGGAGGCCGGAUUUCAACUACCACCGAAUGUUGGUCAAUUUCCACGUCCAAAUAUGCUUAUGCCUAGAGAGCCGCACUCAGAUGUUUUGCUGCGUAUGUCUUAUGCUGAUCAACUUCAGGCCGCUGAAUUCCAGCGUCAGUCAUUGCAUGAUCAAUAUUUCCGACAAAGGCCCCGGUAAAUGGACCCCUAAACGAAACUAUUAUUUUGUUGCUAUCAUCUACAUCAUAAUAUAAAACACACACACAACUUUUUGUCUUGAUCAUCAUUGACUUUAAAAAAAUAAAACAUCAUACAACGCUUUCGUUUGUUUAUAAUUGUUUAAAUUAAUUAUUUGUUUGUUAAUAAUCUUAAAAAAGAAAAACAAAAAUAUAAAAUAAUUUGUUAUUUAUUGUUAUAAACUGUGUAAAAAAAGCUGAAAAGUAAAACCCUCCUUCCCGUCUAAAGAUUGGCAUUUGUUUCAACAACAAACAUAAACAUAUUAAUAUAACAAUCGACAAGCACCCACCACAACAAAAACAACAACAAAACGAAAUAAUAUCGUCAUCAUCAUAAGCAUCAUCAUCACUAUCAACUUCACUAAUUGCUUCAUCAUACAACAUCAUCCAUAAUCAUUUUUAUAAAAGUGACAAACGAAUUUUUGAAAAAAAUCUUAAAAACUAUUAAAAAGAAUUAUGUAAAAUCAUCAUUAUUAUCAUCAAGCAGAAGUAUUUAUCAGUAUUUACAAUUAGACAAAAACAAAAACGCACAACAAUUACUAUUUUAAAAAAAAUCAAUUGCGUUGAACAACUAUAUACUAAACAAUAUGAUGUUUUAUGGUGGCUACAUGAACUUUGGAGGUUAUCCCCAUCAACAACACCGUGGUGAUUUGAAUUGAUAAAAAAAAAAAAGAAAAAGUUUUCAAAAUUCUAAUAAUUUUUUUUUUCUUCUUGUUUUGACUUAAUUAAACUUUGGUUUGUUUUUAUAAUAAUUAUUAAUUAUAAUUAUUUUUGUAUUGUAAUAAAAAAGAAAUUUUAGCAUAAAAUGUAAUAUACUCUCUUACUAACCACUCACACACACAAACAAAACCAACUCUCCCCCCUCCGCCCCCUUUACAACACUGUCUUUAUAUAUGUAUAUAGUAUAUAGAAGUUUAAAGAAAAUAUUACAUAUAUACAAACAAACUAACUAUUAAUACACUCUCAUAUAUAAAUAUAUAAG